AUGGUUGCGCAGGAGUUCACUGUGGACUUGACUAAGCCUCUUGUUUUCCAGGUAGGACAUCUUGGGGAAGCAUACCAAGAAUGGGUUCAUCAGCCUAUUGUUGGCAAGGAAGGUCCACGUUUUUUUGCUAGUGACUUCUGGGAGUCCUUAACUCGCACGGUAUGGUGGGCAAUUCCAAGUAUCUGGCUGCCUGUCGUGUGCUGGUGUACAUCAAUGUCUUACCGCAUGGGCCACACACCAUCUGAAAUAGCUCUCAUGCUUGGAACUGGAAUCUUUAUCUGGACUUUAAUCGAAUAUACUUUGCAUCGCUUCCUUUUCCACAUCCAAACAAGAACUUAUUGGUGGAAUACCGUUCAUUAUCUUCUUCAUGGAUGCCAUCAUAAGCACCCUAUGGACGGUUUACGUCUUGUCUUCCCACCCACAGCAACUGCUGUUCUCCUCAUUCCAUUCUGGAACCUGGUGAAACUCAUAUCAACACCUUCAACGACCCCGGCCUUAUUUGGGGGCGGAUUGUUGGGCUAUGUGAUGUAUGAUUGCACACAUUAUUAUCUACAUCAUGGGCAGCCAACUAAGGACCCUGCUCGGCAUCUUAAGAGAUAUCAUCUGAACCAUCACUUCAGGAUACAAACUUCCGGUUUCGGGAUCACAUCUUCACUGUGGGAUAAUGUAUUUGGUACACUACCUCCGGCGAAAACUAUUGAGAAGAGCAGUUGAUUAUUCUCAUGUCUUUCUGUGUUCUAUUUUGUGGAGGAUCACUGUUGGUUUAGUUUUCUUCCUUGGAGAUGUCUGAUUGAUUUGUGAUUUUGAAUACCAAAAAAAAAACAUCAAUGAUCUCUUGUUUUGUAGAAAUUUCAAUGAAUUUCAUUGAUCAUUUGGUGAUGAAACUCAUUGCAUGUGGAACAUUUACUGUAAUUGGUUGUCCCAAUAUGUGGUUAUGAUUUGCUUGUUCA